AAUUGUAUAAUUUUCCAUCAAGUAGUUUGUGGCCAUUUUUUACUUUGUUGCAUACAAAACCAACUUCUUUGAUUCAUUUGUAUGAAACCAUUGUAUGAGCGUGUUCGAACAAAAAUCAUCCUUUUAAACCCACCAAUACUCAAAGAUAACAAUUGGUCACUCUUCAAAAGUUGUGAAUAUAGGGAUGACAAAGUACCUUAACAAAGUUCAACUCAUGGGGCACAACUUCCACAUGAGGGAAACAUCCAAUAAGGAACUAGUAGUAGGACCUGUAUUCAACCAUAACCCAUUACGACAUAUUUCAAAAAAAACAAUGUUAAAACCAUAUAUGCUGAUGAGAAAAAGUAUUGGUUUAUAAAGUGAUCAUUGUUUAUGAGAAGAUAAUAACCUUCCAUUCAUUAAGGGUUCGCUAUUUUCCUAAUUGUCGCACUGAUAGCACUUGUUUGGCGCUCAUCUCUUGUGGUUCUGAAUUUUGUAGUGAGUGUGAUUAGCGAUGAAAGGCCAAUUAAUCUAGAAGACGCGCUUUCUAACCAGUUCGCCUACGAAAACAACGUUGUAAAUCUUUGGCGCCAAAAAAUACUGUAGUUACAAUAAAUUGGCCAAUACAUCAACCGAAUAAAAACAUAACCUUAAAAAAAUCCCUAACGAAGACCCUUGUAUACAAAAUGAGUAGAGAAGCUAUUAGCAAUAACGAAUUAACUGAAGAACAAAUCGCUGAAUUUAAGGAAGCCUUCUCUCUGUUCGAUAAGGACGGUGAUGGUACUAUUACUACAAGCGAAUUGGGAACUGUUAUGAGAUCAUUGGGACAAAACCCAACUGAAGCAGAACUCCACGACAUGAUUAACGAAGUUGAUGCUGAUGGUAAUGGAACAAUAGAUUUCACUGAAUUUUUGACAAUGAUGGCCAAGAAGAUGAAGGAUACUGAUAACGAAGAAGAAAUCAAGGAAGCUUUCAAAGUUUUCGAUAAGGACGGAAACGGUUUCAUUUCUGCUCAAGAACUCAGACACGUUAUGUGCAACCUAGGUGAAAAACUCACAGACGAAGAAGUUGAUGAAAUGAUUCGUGAAGCCGAUAUUGACGGUGAUAACCAAAUCAACUAUACUGAAUUCGUCAAGAUGAUGAUGCAAAAGUAAAUAUAAAUUGUACCAAUAAAACACUAACCACCAACCUUAUUAAUUCAUUCUCUUUAUUAUUCUUUUCAAUUUCUUGAUUUUGUAUUUAACCCAAUAAAUUUCGGAGAAUGAAAAUUAAAUAUUCAAUUAAUUUUACUAUCAAUUUAAAAAAAAAAUGAAUCGUUUAAUCAAGUAUCAAUUUUGCUCAAUCAAGAAAUUUAACCACAUACCUCUCACCAAGAAUUUUAAUCAUCUCUCAUUGGCACGUUUUUCAACACAAUGUAUUAAAUUUUCAAAUAAUAAUGCGGAAGAAGACAUUUCCGAAAAUGAACAACAAGAAGAAUAUUUAACUGAUGAAGAGAUUAUCAAGAGUAUUCCAGACUUCCGUCCACCAUAUUUUCAUGAAAUUUUAGAAAAGGCAGUAACAGAAGGAAAAUCAAUCAAAGAUAUGACACCAGUAGAGGAACAAGCUUUUAUGGACAAUAUAAAACGUCGUAUCCUCAUGUAUUGUAGAAAUAGAGGUCGUGUUGAAACUGAACUCUUCUUGGGUGGUUUUGCUAGAGAGAAUGUUCCAAAGAUGACUCAAUGGUCAGAUC